AUGUCGGGGCUGCUAGCACAACCAACGCUCCCGGGCUAUCAGGUCCCGGGGACCUCCUUGGCGACGACUCCACCUCCGCGUGAUGCGACCCUCUCAAAGAAUAUCCGGCGGCAGAACCACAUUCAGUCGGCCGCAGAAACCCCAGUACCCGGUUUCCAAACACAGGUUCACAAGUUAAUCCUUUUCAUUAUCUAUCCGUUAUAA